AUGGCAGCUAACAAAUGGACUGGGGACUGCAGCGCCUACUCGGCUAACUUCAGUCGAAUCACAGCUCGCGGAGUUCAGCUGUCGGAAGAAGACCUAGUUGGUUACUUCUUGACGAAUAUCCCAGCGGAACUCAGUGUAAAGGCAGGGGGCACACGGCUAGGAAAUUACUGUCGUAUGUUUAUGGGUCCUGAUUAUGCAGACAUUUCCCGUCCCCUGGUUACCCUGACUCGCAAAGACAUCCCCUUUCAUUGGACAGACGCACACACCCAGGCGGUUCGCCAACUCAAGCAACGUCUCAUUGACUACACCACCCUUGAGGUCCCCGACACCUCUAAGCCUUUUGAACUCUACACCGAUGCCUCCGGCGACGCCAUUGGUGGCGUACUCGAACAAGAUGGACAGCCAACUGGGUUCCUCAGUCAGGUCAUGCGUAGUGCACUGGCACUACAAUGGAGCUUUGGUGUGGCCUUUAUAGGCCUAAAAUCAUGUAAAGCAACGAAUAUUGUAGAAUAUUUCGGGGAUUAG